AUGCUCCGCUGGGGCCGAGCGGUGGUCGCGGCGCUCCGGGGGUCGCGGGGGGGGCUCGGGGGUCGCCCGGGGGGGUCCCGGCUGAGCCUGGGCCGCCCCCCGCCGCCCCCCCCGCCCGCCCCGUCCGAGCUGGAACGGGCGGACGCGGUUCUGCUGCGGAAAGCGCUGGAGGGAGCGUUCCUGGCCUGGUUCCGCAACGGGCUCUUGGCCACCGGCAUCGGCGUCAUCGCCUUCGUGCAGAGCGACACCGGCAGGGACGCGGCCUACGGUUUUUUCCUGCUGGGGGGUCUGUGCGUGUCCCACGGGGGGGUCUCCUACGUGCUGAGCUCGGCUUUGCUGCGCCGCCCGAUGCUCCUCGCGGUCCCCGCGGCCGCCGCCUCGGCCGCGCUCACGGGGCUCCUCCUCCUGCUCUGGGCGGCCUCGCUGUCCCUCUACGUGGGGCGGCUCGAGGUCGAGAUCGUCCCCGAGGAGCCCCCCGAGAAGUGACGGGGGGCUGCGACCC